GCCUCAAAUCCCCUUUUCUUUCCCUGGAUUUGGCUUUUCCUUGGCUGCUGUCCGUGGUUCUGAAGGGAAAGGCACAGAAGGUGAAAGGAAGCAGCAAGGGCAGGAAGCUAUUCCUCCUUGGACCCAGUGAUGGCAGCAGAGCAGGUGGCUGCAGGGGCUUUGUGUGUGAGAGUGGAUGAUAUCCCUUGAAGGGGAGGGGGUGAAGUCAGCAGCCUCCUGGGAAACGUCAUGUCUGCGGAAAAGAAGACAAGUAGCAGCAGCGAAAGGCAGAGAUAAGCACCCUUCAGACUCCAGCGGCCUGUGGCUGAGCUGAUCAGAAGAGAAAGGAGACAGUGAGACUGGUGCCUGAACUCUGUGGCGGGGACUCAGAGGGUGACAGUGCCUCCUUUGGGUCUUUAUCAGUGAGGAAGCUCAACCUGAGUCUGUAUUUCACACUUGCUGCAUCCCCUUGCAUCAACAGAGAAAGAGAGAGCUGUACUUUCGAUGCUCCAAGCUUGAUCUUCCCCAGUCCACUUCUAAUCCUCUUACUACUUCUUUUCUUACAAGAGACGACCCAAUCCAAUCUCAGGCAUCACCAUGUCGAAGAUGCUUCCAGCCCAAGAGGCAGCCAAAAUCUACCAUACCAACUACGUGAGGAAUGCCCGAGCCAUGGGAGUCCUAUGGGCGCUCUUCACAAUCUGCUUUGCUGUGAUCAUGGUGGUGACUUUCAUCCAACCCUACUGGAUAGGUGACAGCAUUGACACACCACAAGCCGGCUACUUUGGCCUUUAUUCCUAUUGCAUUGGCAAUGCCCUUACAGGCGAGCUCAUCUGCAAGGGCAGCCCGCUGGACUUUGGCACCAUCCCCUCCAGUGCCUUCAAAACAGCCAUGUUUUUUGUGGGGGUCUCUACCUUCCUCAUCAUUGGCUGCAUCCUCUGCUUCAGCCUCUUCUUCUUCUGCAAUGCAGCCACUGUCUACAAGGUGUGCGCUUGGAUGCAGCUGGCAGCAUGUGCUGGUUUGGCAAUUGGUUGCAUGCUCUACCCCGAUGGUUGGGACUCACCUGAAGUGAAGCGGAUGUGUGGAGAGAAGACAGACAAGUACACACUGGGAGUGUGCACGGUGCGCUGGGCAUACAUCCUAUGCAUCAUUGGGAUCCUUGAUGCUCUAAUCCUCUCCUUCUUGGCAUUCGUACUUGGCAACCGGCAAGACAAUCUCCUUCCAUCUGACUUCCAAGUGGAGAACAAAGAAGAAGGAAAUGAAUGAAGAUGAAGAAUGGGGCAAUCUCAAGCCUUUGAUUGAAAUGGGCAUACCUGCUCCCAGUUUUGAGUCAAGUCAAAAGGGCUCUUUGAGGUUCAUGGGAGCCAGGCACAACCCCAUACUCCCCUUUUUAAAAAGUUGUCCAUUCUGACUGGAAAAGAGACAUCAAAGGGAAGCUUCAAAGGGGUGGGUGAAUCUUUCAAAAUCCUCUCCUUCUUUGUACUGGAACUUCAGAUUUUCCAAACACAGAACUGGCAUUGGCAUCUGGAGUCCCCAGGGAGCUGCUUAGACACCAGAAACCUAACAGGGUCUACUGCUGCUUUCUCUUUACUUGUGCUCUUUCCACUGUCCACAGAAUACCUCUGAUGUAGGGCUUCUUCUGGGUACCACGAAGAAGUAAACAUGGGAAGUGGAUCCACCCAACUGUUGCUGCUUUGAGUCACUAUUUCCAUCCAAUAUCAGAUAAACCCUAUAGGAACAACAUGUGUGUGAAGUGGGGCAUGACAGAGCUUGGAGAUGUUAUUUUGGACUCAAUUCCCAGAAGCCAGAAGCUAGCCUGGUUUAGAGAUCAUUCUGGCCAGGGGAUUCUGGAAGUUGUAGUGCAAAUAAGAAACUUUCCUAGGCUCGAUUAUCACUUCUAAUCUGCCCCUGUUCAAAACUUCUACUACUGGUAAAACAGAUGCAAUACAUUUUCAUGGAGAGAACCAGAAGUAUCCUAGUGAAGAAACUAGUAAGUUCAUACAUUUUUUAACUGAACCAUUCAGCCAGGAGACAUUGCAGACCUACCAGAUAAUAAGCAGCCUGUAGAAAAUUAACGGCUAUAUUGGUUGCACUGCUCACAAAAAAGGCCCUUACAGAAUUGAUCCUGGAUUAUAGACUACUGUUGACAUUUCCUCUCUUUUCAUCCGUAAUCAUGGGAAGUAUUAGAGUGUAGCUGCUUGCCAUGCUUUCUGGGUUUUGUCUUUUAUUCUGUCUUUACAUUCAUUGUUGCUGUCAGAGUCUAACUGCAUUGUACACAAAGACUGCAAAGAUUUGAACUGCUCAAAAUAUGCAGCAAUACUGAUUUCCAAGAACGGUUCUAUAACCACACUCCAAACCAUAACUAAGGCAGCCCUUUCUUCCCAUCCCCUUAUUAAAUGUAGUCUUCUUCUGUUCAUAGUUCAGCUUAAACAACAGAAUAUGACAGGCUACUGUAGUGUAAUUUUCCAGCAGACAUUAUCAGCUAUAGAGAACACGCUUCUCGCAAACCAGGUAAUGUAACAGUAUUCUAACUUCAGCCCGUUCCAAACAUAAAUGUUGAGUUACAGGGACAUAACUCUACUCCGAAUCUGGCUAUCAAAAGGUUUCCUUUACUUUUCAAUGUCAUUUUAUUCUUGUUAUCACAAGAUGUGUAUUUUGUAUGAUAAUAAAAGUAUCUGAUCAA